AGCGGCUGAUUGAUUGCUAGGAAUCCAAUUUCAUCUUCUGGGUGGACUGGAUUGUUCCCUCCGUUCGCGAAGGGAUUGCCUGAAUCGACGUAGUCCUUCUUCUGGGAGGUCAGCUGGAUAUAUAGUAUGACGGAGGACGGUGGCCCCAGAGUUUCUUCCGAUGAGACGCAGACGAGGCAGAGGAAGAAGAGAAAGUGGGAUCAGCCCGCGGAACCAUUCUUAUUGGGAGGACUAGCUGUUCCGGGAAUUCUCCCCUUGAGCAACCUGGGGUCUCUUCCGGGCUUUGCGGUCCCUAAUCUUGUCCCCCUCCCAUCUACAGUUGUGCCGACUCCUUGGGCACCUAGCUGCGCGACUAUGUACGCGGUUCUUCCUGCUCAUUCGAUACCGCAACAGAGUUCCGCUGCAAAUCCCAAGUUGAAUCAGGUGAAUAUCCAAGAAGACUUAGUAAUAGCUCGGGAAAUCAUCAUAAAUGAUGCAGAGCCGUCUCUUCGACACAGGCUUACAAAGCGCCAAACACAGGAAGAGAUUCAAAAGUGCACUGGUGCAGUUGUGAUAACUAGGGGCAAGUACAGGCCACCAGGUGCCCCAUCCGAUGGUGAAAAACCGUUAUAUCUUCAUAUAUCCUCCAGGGCUCAUCUGAAAGACACAGCUGAACGAAUCAUAGCAGUUGAUUGUGCUGCUGCAAUGAUUGAAGAGAUGCUGAAACAGGGUCCCAAUUUUCAGUUUCCAGGGUUCAAUCUUCCAGUGAGCAAUGGAGUGAAGGUCAACCAAGGGAUGAGCGUGUGUGUAUAUUUGGGAUUUGAUGUAGAUCCUUCAUUAGACAUUGCUGCUCGUAUUCGUGGACCAAAUGAUCUAUAUGUAAGUCACAUUAUAAAUGAAACAGGAGCAACUGUCUCACUCAGAGGGUGUGGUUCAGCAGCUUCUGAGAGCACCAAUGAAGAAGAUGGAGAGCAGCCGCUGCACUUGUUAUUGUCAAGUAACAACUCGAAAAGUCUCGAAGAAGCAAAGCGUCUGGCAGAACAUCUUUUAGACACGAUCAGCAUUGAGUGUGGUGCCUCCAGGGCAUCUUCAUCAUCCAAGGUCUAUGGUGCUGUUCCUCCGCCACAACAAUUAUUGCCUGUAACUCAGAGUUCGGGGCACAAGCAUGAAGUAAGUACAAAUCCUGCUGCUGUGACCUUACAUAUCAGCUCUACUGCAGUUCCAGCAGCUUCUUCGACUCCAGCCGUCCCUCUGGCCAAUAAUCUUUUCCCACCCAUGCCUGCGGCACAAACUGGGGCAAUAGUAGGUAAUGGGCUUUCAAGCCAGAACAUGGGCAACUAUUCUGGGUCCUCACUGACCAGUGGAACAAGGUAUAAAGGAUAUGAAGGAAUCUAUCCUCAAGCCACACCUCUUCAACAGGUUGCGAUGGCUCUUAAGCAGUCACCUUCUUUUGCUUCUGCUUCUGCCCAUGCUACAACUUUACCAAGCACUGGAGCAAAGUCUAGUGCUAGUUCUGGCUCUGAGAAGGAGAAAGAGAAACAGCUUCCUCAAAAACGGAAAUUUCAGGAAUUACCAGUUGGACAUACUGUGUCCACAAAACUGAAUCAGGUACUGGAUUUGGUAAAGUUUGGUGAACAAGAAGCAGAUUCAUGUGCUCGAGAUCUUGCAAUGAUGCUGCCGCCAAAGUUGGUCCCACCAUCAUUGCAUGGGACAUCUCUACCUGCACCAAGAAGCAUGGCUCCACCUCCUCCGGUCCCCAAGUUUACUUCGUCGAGACCGAACCCUGAUAGUGUCCACAAAAACAAAGGUCUGAAGAACACUGGAUCAGAUUCUGUUCCUGGACCGCUGAAGAUUGUAUAUAUCACUUUGCUUCAGACACCCUCGUGAAGCUGAUGGAAUAUGGAGACGAAGAUGACGACCCAGACGAAGUUCCUUCUGGACCACUUAACUCAAGUAAAUUUGCAACCCAAAAGCCAUUUUGGGCAGUAUAAGUUAAGAAUGGUUAAGACUGAUCAUGGCAAGUUGGGGAAAUGCAUCUUCUAGUGCUGGAGAGUCGAACUGCCAAUGAGUUUCUGCAAGUUGGUGGUUUGAGGAUGAGGGACAGAGUUGGUUACAUGUUAACAUCAGUGCUUGCUUUAGUCUUACGUUGGUGAUUGUUGCCAGUUUCUGGGGCAGAAAAUGUUCAACCUAGGAUCCUCUUUCUGGUUCUGAGAACAUACAUGUAAAUUUCCAUCUUUUAACAUUAAUGGAGUUCAAUGUUCUGAGCCA